UUUAUACGGAAUUAAUUCGAUAUUUAUUUAUAACUGUAUAUACGCAUACAUACACAGCUCCAAAGUGGCCGUCACCAUGGAGAGAGCUUGCUGUAGAAAAUUAUUUUUUAAUUCGAUAUUAUUGCAUUAGUUUAGUGAAUAUUGGGUUUUAAAUACGUUCAUCAAAAAAGGCAAGAUUGGUUUUCAAUAAGACUAAGAUGCGAGUACGUCGCGUUGUCCGCUUUGGACAAAAAACGAGAUAUAAUAUAUUUUUCUAACUUAUUGUUUUUUCAACAUUUCAGGAUGAAUGGAGGAAUGGAGCAUAAAACUCCAGGGCACAAUGCUGUGCUCCAUAAAGCACCUAAAAAUUAUAAGUUGCUCAUGGACCCAUUUCUUAUGAAAGGAGCAACAAAAUUGUACAGAUAUGAUGGAACUGUCCCUGGGGACACCACAUAUCCGCCUGUGCAGUGCCGAGACCCUCGGUCCCAGCUUUCAAGGAUAUGGAACAGAUUAGAACCAGCUGAUUUACCAGUCCCUAGGUUUAAGAUAGACAAAAAUUACGUUGGGACACCUCCCCAACUUGAAGUUACUCUAGCCAAUUUAAAUGACAAUAUUGACAAAGUGUUCCUCUCAGACAUGAUGAAUAAAGUUGGGCCUUAUGAGGAAUUAACUAUAUUUUACCACCCUGUCACAAACAGGCAUCUAGGAUUUGCUAGAAUUGUCUUCCAAGAUGUUAAACAUUCUAAGAUAUGCAUUGAGAAGUAUAGUGGAAGAUCAGUUAUGGGUCAGGUAUUGGAUGUAUUCCAUGAUCCAUUUGGCAAGCGAUGUCAGGAGAUGUUUGAAGACAAGACAAUGGAGAAGAAGCCUCAGCCAGUAGUGCUAGUGCAUCCUCCACUUGAGGAUGCGAGGAUAGCAAAGGUUGAUCCAGCUCUAAGUAAGCGGUUAGAAGAUACCAAGCUUACUGACAAGGUUGACCACAUGAACGACCCAUUUCCACGGAAAGAGACAGAGCAUAGUGACAGCAACCAGCGGUGGUCUGAUGAUGAGAGGCAUGAGCAUCGCCACCGACACCGCAGCAGGGGCGAGCGGGACAGGGAUAGAGAUCGCGAUCGGGACCGAGACAGAGAUAGAGACAGCCGACGUUGCAGGAGGAAAUGUAGAAGAAGACACCGGGAUCGCUACUCCCGCAGCACAAGCGAGGCCACGGAUAGUUCGUAUGCGGCUUCGAGUCAUGCCGCUACUGACGUCAGCUUCACGCCCGCGCCGCAGGCAUACGACCCUUACUACCAGCAGAGCUACGGCUACGGGUACGGCGCGGGCGCCACGCCCGGCGGCUCCGCCAUGUGGUGGGGCGACUGGCGCCACCCGCCCGCGCACCCGCAUCCGCACGAGGCGGAGGCGCCGGCGCCGGAGCCGCGGCCGCCGGCAGAGGCGGGCGCCGAGCCCGAGAAGCCGCCGCCGCCGGCCGACGAGCCCAAGAAUGUUGAUCUCGAUACUAGAAUAGCACUGCUGCUAAAGGGCGGCGGCGGCGGCGGGCUGGCUCCGCCGUUUCUAUCCCUCGGCAUAUCCUCAGAAGAAGAAGACGACCAUCUCCCGCCUGUGCCGGACCUUGAUGCACCUCAACCGCCAUCCGACGACGAAGGUUCCGGCAGUGAAGACCGAGGGAGCAUAGUUUCAUUUAACCAGAACAAGGAACAGGACCCGGAGCCCCUCUCCACGACGCCGUCCCCUUUCCUGCAGAGGGACUUCUACCUCGAAUGCCUCAAGUCUACCAUUGAAAAGAAAGCAAGAGAAGCAGAACGUAAAAAGUUUCCAGCGAUGGACAAAAUAGGCUCCGACAUUUCAUCAUCAGAGGACGAGCUGUUAACUGGCGAGGAGCCUCGACGCUCCCCCGCCGCGCCUCCGAGCCAGGAUAACUUGGACGACGACCAGAUGUCCCUGUCGUCACUGUCAUCGACAGAGGCCAAGAUCGAGGAGCAGGUGCCGGCGGAGGCCUACUUCUACCCCGCGGCGCCCGCGCAGCCGCAGUACUACCAGCCCAUGUGGCCGCCCACAGCGUACCCCCCGCCGGGCUACGCGGGCGAGCUGCCGCUGCCGUACGGCGCGCCGUUCGCCGGGCCGCCGCUGCUGGCGCAGCCCUACCAGCCCUUCGUGGACCAGCCGCCCGCGCAGCAAGAGUUAGACAACCCGUACUUCCCCACAAUAAACUCCGUGAUCGAGCGAGUCACCACGGAGCUGAAGGCGAUCCUAAAGAAGGACUUCAACAAGAAGAUGAUCGAGAGCACCGCCUUCAAGAGCUUCGAGCAGUGGUGGGACGAGCAGAGCAGGAAGACCCGGCAGGCGCCCAAGAAGGAGGAUGCCGCGCAACCCUUACAAGAUAUCUCAAACAAGAAGGAAGACACGCUAGACUCGAUAAAGUCAUUAAUGGAGUCGCGCGACAUCGCCCUGGAGCUGGGCGGGUACACCGCGGGCAUCGGGCUCGGGCUGCGCGCCACCAUCCCCAAGAUGCCCAGCUUCCGCCGCAAGCGCAAGAUACCCUCGCCCGUCGUCAUGGACGAGGACUCUUCCAAGAGGUUGAGCGACCAGGAGGAGAUGGUGCAGAACUCGGACGAGGAGAAAGAGCUACCUGCCAGCCCCAGAGCGCGCACGCAGGGCUCGUACCUGUCCCGUCGGCGGCGGCAGUCGAGCAGCUCGUCCAGAUCCUCAUCGUCAUCUUCGUCUCGGUCAUCAACAUCGUCGGCGUCGGAGGCGGAGCCGGAGACCAAGGGGCCCGCGCCGCGCCUCUACUCCGACAGCGACGACGACUCGGACCUCGACGAGGCGGAGGUUAACUUCAAGGUUGUGUCCAACAAGGAGCGGCUUCGGAGAGUUUAUUCUUCAUCGUCGGACAGCGAGGAAGAGAAGCAGAGAAGACGAGAGAAAACCCCCAUACCCGACGUGCAAGCGGACGACGAGCGGCUGGGCUCGCCCAUCCUGUCGCCCGAGCAGGAGCCGCGCGACACGCUGCUCGACCGCGUCUACUCCGACUCCGACGAGGAGCGCGAGUACCAGGAGAAGCGACGGCGAAACACACAGUACAUGGAAGAGAUCGAGCGCGAGUUCCUGGAGGAGCAGCGCAAGAAGAUGGAGACGGACCAGCGGCCGCCCGACAAGCCGCCCGACACCAGCAAACCCGAAUGCAAAUCCGAAGACUCCCGCAGCAGUCCAAUCAAGAACCAUCGCAAAAGCCCAGAAAAGAAACAGGAGAUCGAAGACGGCGAGAUCACGUCCGAGGAGGAGAACCUGCAGGCGCGGCGAAAGCGUGAGCGCAAGGAGAGAAAGGGAAAGAAGAUGGAGAAGAGAGAGAGGGAGAAGGCGGACGGAGUCGAGAGGGUGGAGAGAGUUCAGAGAGUGGACAGGGUGGAGAGGUUGUCCGUCAGCGAGAGCAACACGGAGUCGGCCGUCAGCGUCAACGGGAUUAAAGAGGCAUUGUCAUCGCCAUCGUCCUCGCCGGUGUCGCAGGCGUCGCAGGCGUCGCAGGCGUCGCAGGUGGCGCUCGACCACUCGUACUGCCGCCCGCCGCCCGACCUCGACCACACCAACAACCAUCUGCAGCAUGACCACGGUUACACGUGGAUGGCGGAGCCGGAGGCGUCGUCGCCGCCGCUCGACGCGACCAAGCCCAGGAAGGAGACCAAGAGGCCCUACAAGAGGAAACACGAGACUAAGAAGCUAGCCGAAAUACAAAACAAACUCGAUACUCGGGAUGAUCUCUCACAUGCGGUGGUGUCCGAUGUGACGUUCAAGCCGCGCGACAUCAUGGCGGAGAUGCAGGUCAUGUACGAGUUCCUCACGCGCGGCAUCGACCGCGAGGACGUGCAGUACCUCAAGCGGGCGUACGAGGCAUUGCUAGCGGAGGACGCGCAGGGCUACUGGCUGAACGACACGCACUGGGUGGACCACCCGCCCACCGACGUGUGCUACAGCCCGCCCAAGAAGAAGUCCAAGCGGCACACUAACAUCUACGAGGACCUGCAGGGGCACUCGUCCGGGUCGGCGCGCACGGAGGGCUACUACAAGAUGGACGCGCGGCUGAAGGCCAAGUACAAGUACCACCACGGCCGCGCCGCGCCGCCGCCGCCCGACGACAAGAAGGCCAGCAAGAUGCAGACGCAGUCCCGAGAGGCGCGCUCCAACCAGCGCCGCCUGCUCACCGCCUUCGGUACGGACACGGAUUCGGAUCUAUUGAAGUUCAACCAGCUCAAAUUCAGAAAGAAGCAGCUCAAAUUCGCCAAGUCUGGUAUCCACGACUGGGGAUUAUUCGCACAGGAGCCGAUAGCGGCGGACGAGAUGGUGAUCGAGUACGUGGGGCAGAUGAUCCGGCCGAUCGUGGCGGACGUGCGCGAGGCGCACUACGAGGCCACGGGCAUCGGCUCCUCGUACCUGUUCCGCAUCGACCUCGACACCAUCAUCGACGCCACCAAGUGCGGCAACCUGGCGCGCUUCAUCAACCACAGCUGCAACCCCAAUUGCUACGCAAAGAUAAUAACGAUAGAGUCUCAAAAAAAGAUCGUCAUCUACUCAAAGCAGCCGAUCGGCGUAGACGAAGAAAUCACGUACGACUACAAGUUCCCACUCGAAGACGAGAAGAUCCCUUGUCUGUGCGGCGCGCCGCAGUGUCGGGGCUUCCUCAACUAAGAAACGUAGGCUGAUGGCGUGAGGCGAAGCUGGAACAUUUAUACGAAAUAUAUAAUCAAUGUCGUCUUGCCGAUGGAAAAACGCAACGCAAAGACUUGUAUGCCGUGUCCGCGCACUUUGAUUUAGCUUCAAUGUGACUGCCAAGAUUCUGACAAUUUUGAAUGAUUUACGGUUAGUUUCACUAAACUUAAAUCGACCGGGAUAUGGACCGUGAUUACCUUUUGUAUUGUUUUCGACAAAUACAUAAUAUACAAAUAUAUUGUUUACAAUGCGAAAGGUAAUCACGGUCCAUAUCCCGGUCGAUCUAAGUCUGGUGCCAGGAUUCUGAUUUUGUUUCUCUCGUCAUGAUUAAUAUUUAUGAGAAAGCCAUCGACUGAAGAACUCAAACAUUCUUUUUAUAGGCAUGGUUGAUUGCGUAAUUUCUUGUAGAUUUGAUGAAACAUGUAAUAAUAGGGUUAUUUAUUAUAAUGUCAGUGCGACGAAAAAAAAGAGAUUAAACCUGUCACUUGGACAUUGACUUGGUAUAUUUGAGCUCGAUAAAAUAAAUCGAUGUUCAAGUAAAAUCUAUGGCAAUAACAUCUUCCAUCGAAAGCUGGAGUUUCUCAGCGGUUUCUGAAACCGCCUCAAACAAAUAUGAUUUUUAUAGUCUUUUUGUAUAAAGUAAUCUAACUGUGUGGUCGUAAAGUAUGAAUCAGAAUUUGUUUUUUCUUAUUUAAUGUGAUAAGUCCAGUGCAACUCAAUGUAAUUAAUAAUCUGAACCAUUGUAUUAUAAGAUGCUAUUUGACUGAGCCUCAAUUAUAAUUCUCUAGAAUUAAAAUGUGUGCUGCAAUAUACUAGGUGUGUACAUUAAUUGUGAAUAAUCUACCGUUGACAGAUAUGUAGUACACUUUACAAGUACAUGAAAUAAAUCUUAAUGAAGUUAUAUGCCGAUUGGGAACGUGAUGAGUGUUGUGUUACUGUCUAUUCAUCUGUGAAAUCAAUAAGUCUUCAGUAUAGACUAGUCUGUAAGAUGCGUCUAAUGAUAUUGUAUUUAAUUGGACAGUGAACUUGCAGGUUUCUAGUUGCACUUAUGUAAUGUAAAUGUUUAAGAUUGUAAAUAAAGAUUUCAAUAAUUUUA